GCUUCACUUUCUCUCAACUCCCUCCUUUCUCUCCGAGUGUCGGAGUCAGUCGGACAGCAGUCCCAGCUCCCCCUCAUACCUGCGCAGAGCAUCCAGAGCCUCUAUCCCCCCCUUCUACAAAACAGGACAGUCGCAGUGCAGCAAGCUGAGAGGAGCUGACGGAGAAUACUUUUUACAGCCAAGAAGUCAGUCCAUCCUGCAUCAGCUGAAAUGCUGCUGAGGAGAAUCCGACAUGUCCAAAUACUUCUCGUUGCAGUCUGCCGUCUUACUGUGGCCUUCCCUACACAAACCCCAUCUGCAUUUGCUGAUGUCCAGCAGCUCCAGGUGAACAUCCCCCACACAGGUCCGAUUUCCGCUCCACUAGGCAGCUCCAUCUCUAUCCCCUGCUUGGUGUCUCUGUCCUCCCUACCUGCAUCCUCCUCUCCCUCCCCCGUUGCACCGCGGGUCAAGUGGACUGUGGUGUCUGGUGGGGUGGAGACGCAGAUCUUGGUGGCACGGGGUCAAAGGGUGAAGGUCAAUGAAGCAUAUAGAGAUCGUGCUGCCUGGCUCAACUAUACUUCCGUCCCUGAUGACCUGUCACUGUGGUUGGGAGAUUUACGCGCAAGUGACUCGGGUCACUAUCGCUGCGAGGUGCAGCAGGGCCUGGAGGACGCCAGCGACCUUGUGCAACUCAAGGUCAAAGGCGUUGUUUUCCACUAUAGAGAUGCUUUGGGUCGCUAUGCGUUUUCCUUCCAUCAGGCCCAGAGGGCUUGUGAGGCCAUCGGAGCACAAAUUGCCACUGCUGACCAGCUGCUGGCAGCUUAUUAUGAUGGCUACGAACAGUGUGAUGCAGGCUGGCUGGCAGACCAGUCUGUCAGGUACCCAAUCCAAGUGCCCCGUGAAGGUUGUUAUGGAGACAUGGAUGGCCAACCAGGAGUGAGAAACUACGGGACAAUGGAUCCAGAUGAUCUAUACGAUGUUUACUGUUAUGUGGAAGAAAUGGACGGAAAGGUGUUGCAUGACUUCGUCCCACAGCAGUUCUCGUUUGAUGAAGCGCAGUCAUACUGCAGAGCAGCAGGAGCAGAGCUGGCUACAACAGCACAGCUGUACUUGGCAUGGACCAGAGGUCUAGACCAUUGCAGCCCUGGCUGGCUGUCUGAUGGCAGUGUCCGUUACCCCAUCAUUACCCCUAGAGAGCGCUGCGGCGGGCCUCAGGCAGGUGUUAAAACCCUCUACCGCUUCAGCAACCAAACAGGCUUCCCAGAGCCAUCCAGCCUUCAUGAUGUUUAUUGUUUCAAAGAUAACAGAAAUACUCACACAGAUUCUCCCAUGGACUAUAUGGCCACAGAGCCUGAAGAUAUCAAACAAGAUGUUGUUAUUCUUACAGAACCAGAUCAAGAACUUCAACUGAAUCAAGAUGCAGAACAGGUGGAGCUCAAAGCUCAAAGGGUAGUUGAAUCUUUUCCCAUUUUCUCCAGUCCUUCCACUGAGGAAAACCUGGAUGAUACACACCCAACAGUUAUAUCAGAAACAACAGAGUCUUCCCUCAUCACCACACCUACAUUAAACCUCCUCCAAGCAUUUGAUGAAACUCCAUCUCCCAUAGAAAUGAGCUAUCACUCUGAGCACCCUACAGCAUUCAUUAACAACACUGUCAGCACCACAGAAUCCUACAGUUCCCCGCAAAACACGUCAUUACUGUCCAGUGUUCACAAUGAAACAGAUUCCCACCACAACUUGAACUUUACCUUCCGCCCAUCUGAGUCUGAUAGCUCCACAGAGUUUCCUGUAUCAUCAUAUGAACCUCUCACACAUAACCAGACAGUUAUAGACAUAAAUCCUGAGGAGAAUACGCAACCAUCUGAGAGGCCAAAGGAUUCCCAAGAAAUACAAGAGACGACUUUGAAUUUUAACAGGUCACAAGCCAAUUACAGUGAGCCAGGCAGCAAUCAUACUCAAGAGGAGAGUUUCUUGGAAGUGUCCCUUGUGACUCUUGAACCUAUGGUUCAGGUGAAACUGGAGGAGGAAGCAGUAGAAUAUCCUGUGCAGAUGUCUCUCUCAACUCAGUCAUCAAAAAAAGAAGAACUUGUUACACAACCAGCACAAACUACAAAAUCCUCCACGAUGGAGCAUACUUCAUUGUGGACACCUCUGGAUGGAUCUGGAGAUAUUUAUCAAGAGAGUGGCCUUGAUGUUGAUGCUGUCAUCUUCAUCUCCACAUCAGAGACUCUUAAUUCCAGCUUCACCACUCACCCGUCACCUUCUUCUUCAACUAGCGGCGCUCCUGCAGAGUCUCAGACUGUACAACCUGAUGUAACGCUCUCAUCUGGGUCACGUCAUUUUGACAAACUGGACUUGGAUAUCCUCUCAACAGCACCGCAGUUGUGGGAGUCCUCCAUUUCUAAACAGGAGGGAAGUACAAGCUUGGAAAUUGAAGAUACAGUCACUAUGGAAAAUGGAGAAAAACAGCUUCACCCAACAAGGCCCGAAGACAACUUUGUUUCUGGAGUAAGUUUACCUACGACUGAGUCUCCAGAGGGUAUGAACACCUCUCGUUUGCCUACUGAUCCCACCACAGCACGGUAUCGAACAUCAGGUUACAGAGUGUAUUUGAAAACUACGACCACUGAGUAUGAAGAGGGAAGUGCACAUGAACCUGGUACAGUUACUGCAAUUCUUGAAGAUGUUACGCCAAGCAUUAAAGAGGAAGUUACAACUAUUCCAACCCUCAAAGAAGAAAUCAAAGUUUUCCCAACUCUUGAAGAGAAUGCUGAUGUUUCAUUUUCACUGGAAGAGGAAGUUCAUGUUGCCCCAACCCUUGUCCUUGAGGAAGAAGCUAAUGCUGCCCCAACUCUUGAAGAAGCCUCAACCCUUGAAAAUGGAACUAACAUUGCCCCAGCCCCAGAAGAAGAAACUAAAGUUGCCCCAACCCUUGCCCUUGAAGAAGAAGCCACCAUUGCCCCAAUGAUUGAUGACAAAGCUAGUAUUGCCCCAACCCUUGAAGAGGAAGCUAAAGUUGCCCAAACCUUUGGAGGAGAAGCUACCGUUGCCUCAACACUUGAAGAAAAAACUAGCGUUGCCCUAACUCCUGAAGAGGAAAGUAGCCUUGCCCCAACCCUCGAAGAGGAAGCUAAAGUUUCCCCAACCUUUGGAGGAGAAGCUACCGCCUCAACACUUGAAGAAGAAACUAGCGUUGCCCUAACUCCUGAAGAGGAAACUAGCACUGCCCCAACCCUUGAAGAGAAAGCUACCAUGGCCCCAACAAAUGGAGAGGAUUCUAGCCUUGCCUCCACCCUUGAAGAAGAAGCUAGUGUUACCUCAACACCCGAAGAAGCUACUGUUACCCUAACCCUUGAAGAGGGAGCUACCGUUAACCUAACCCUUGAAGAGGAAACUAGCAUCUCCCCAACCCUUGAAGAAGAAACUAGUAUUGCAUCAACCCUUGAAGCAGAAAUUAGUGUUAGCCCAAUCAUUGAAGAGGAAACUAGUGUUGGCCCAACCCUUGAAGAUGAAGCUAGCAUUGCCCCAACUGUUGAAGAAGAAGCUAGUGUUGCCCCAACCCAUGAAGAAAAAGCUAGCGUUACCCUAACCCUUGAAGAAGAACUUAGUGUUGCCCCAACCCAUGAAGAAGAAGCUAGCGUUGCCCUAACCCUUGAAGAAGAACUUAGUGUUGCCCCAACCCAUGAAGACGAAGCUAGCGCUGGCCUAACUCUUGAAGAAGAAGCUGACAUUUCUCCAACUAUCGAGGAGGACUUUACUGUCUUUCCUCUCAGUUCACAAACAUCUAAGUGGGCUCUACUGACUACCACAACUGGACCCCAAGAGUCCCUGAAUGAUCUAGAGUACAGCAGAAAGACAUCCCCCAUUACCUCCACAACAGCUUCAGAUCCCUCUUCGAGUACAAAACCUGCUGCUGCUGCUACCACGAAGUUGACCACCACCACCACCAUCACGACCACCACGCACUGGUCCAGACGUACAUGGAGCCCAACCACCUCAACACCAAAGGUUUUCCACAAGACAGCUGAACCCCAGAAGGUGACACCCUUCAUACGACCAGUGGAUCAAGGUCUGGUGGAUGUUGAGUUUAGUCUCACCCAGCCGCCCACCCUGCUUAUCAUGCCCAAUGAGAGGGCAGCUGUAGGCGGUACAGGGAAAGCAUCAGAUGCCUGUCUGGACGACCCCUGUCUCAAUGGAGGCACCUGCACUGACCGGGACGGGCAGAUUAAAUGUCUCUGUUUACCCACAUACGGAGGAGACUUCUGUCAGACUGACUUGGAGCAAUGUGAACUGGGUUGGGAUAAGUUCCACGGUUUCUGCUACCGACACUUUGGCCAGCGUCUGAGCUGGGAGGUUGCAGAGCAGCACUGCCGCAUGCUGGGAGCACAUCUGGUGUCCAUCAUGAGCCCUGAGGAGCAGAAUUACAUCAACAGUAACUACAAAGAAUACCAGUGGACCGGUUUGAAUGAUAAGACCAUUGAGAAAGAUUUUCGCUGGUCUGAUGGCAACCCGCUGCUGUAUGAGAACUGGUACAGCGGGCAACCAGACAGCUAUUUCCUGUCUGGUGAAGACUGUGUAGUGAUGGUGUGGCAUGAUGACGGACGCUGGAGUGACGUACCCUGCAACUAUCACCUUGCAUACACCUGCAAGAAAGGCACCUCCUCAUGUGGUCCACCACCCAAGGUCCGAAAUGCCUCCAUAUUCGGAAAGGUUCGACAGAGAUACGAGACAAAUGCACUUGUGCGUUAUCACUGUAGCCAGGGUUUCCAGCAGAGACUGAAUCCUCUGAUCAGAUGUCUGACUGGAGGCAGCUGGGAGAGGCCUCAGAUCCUGUGCAUCCCCGAGGGCGGUAGUCCAACCCAACACCCUGAUGUGACGUCACCAACCAACAGCAACUCUGCCGCCAUUGAAGACGAGUUUGAAGCCACUAAAGAGACGCCACAGUACUGGGACAUCAAGUUUUAAAAGUCAGCCAUGCUUUGUCUUGUCUUGAGCCCUGUCUUUCUCUUUUAAAUUCUGCUGUUGUAACAUGAGAAGGUGACGAGACACAAAUGCUUUUUACCAAUGAACGCUGAGACACGACAAAAUGAACCACAGAUGCAUAAAGACACAAAGUUUUCCUCUCUGCCAAGAAGCCUGGGUGCACAGACAGGCUUUGUUUUCCAUUGAGGGAGUUAAAUGUUCCUAUUUUGUGAUGUCCUUUAGAAUAUUUUCCACUGUUUUCACUUUGCUUGUGAGAUUUUAAGAGUUUAAUGUAGUGACUAGCAGAGCAAACAAAAGGUUGAAGUGAGUAGUUGUCUAGUCGUUUUCACUAGAUGAAAGAUGUAAAUGCUUGAACUUUACAAUGCCAGCUCCAAAUCUACAUUAAGAACUGUUCUCUUUGUGGUUCUUUUUAUAAAACGGUGCUAAUAUCUUCAACAUGUUUGUAUCCAACAGAGAUGUUUGUUUUCAGUGUGAUGUAGGAGUAGAAAAAAGUCCCUACUUUUUCAAAGAAUCUAACAACUCCAAAGCACAAAGUCAAUCUUAACAAAUGGUCAAUAAGUACUGUAAAUACAUUAGUUUUCACACCUGUGAUUGCUACCUGCAUUUUUCUGAGAGAAACCUUUAAUUUCCAGCAGACACAGUUUUGUUCAUCAGCUUUAUGUUGUAAUAAAGUUUUGUAGAACAGAACAAAGAAUAAAUUGUUCUCUUA